AUGUCUAACCUAUUGAACAAGAUUUCUGACAAGUUGCACGGUAACGACGACAAGGAAGAGAGCAACAGCUCCAUGUCCUACAACACCUCUUCCAACAAGAAUUUGGAUCGCGAUGACUACGAAAGCGGACAAUCUUAUGGUUUCAACGAUUCCAACAACUAUGAUACCAAUGCCAGAUCUCACGAAGGUUACGGUCAAGGUGGUUCCAACACCAUGCCAUCCAAGCACGGUGACACAUACUACAACCCUAAUGAGAGAACCAACGACUUCUCUGAAACCAGAGGUAUGUCUGGCACUACCAACUUGGACACUGAUGAUUGGGGUGAGGAUGUCGAGGCUGAUGUAAUCGACAGUAAAAGGUAUAACAAAGGUUCAGGUGCUUUCCCAAGCUACAACUCUGGAAACAUGAACCAGAAUGACGAAUACUAA